AUGGCUAGUAAUCGAUUCUUUUUGAGCGAUGAUUCCUCAUCAAGUGAAGAUACCACCGAUGACGAACAACAACAACAAGUUCAAGCACCAAAAAAAGGUGCCAGUAAAGGCGCAACAAAAUCUGCUGCUAAACCAUACCUAACAGUGAGUGACGAUGAAGAAGAUGUUAAACGUGUUGUACGAAGUGAAAAAGUUAAACGAUACGAAGAAAUCGAAGAAAUCAUCAAAAAAAUGAAACAUGCUAUGCGUAUUCGUGAUAUUGGCUUAGUCUAUGAAUGUUACGAAAAUUUAAUCAAAGCAUACGAAAAAGCUAGACGAGUUUUAGAAAAAGAUCAAGGAUUACCAAGAUCUUUUAUUAAAAUAUUAGCACAACUUGAUGAUUUCAUUAAUCAAUGCUGGGGUGAUCGAGAAUGGCGUGAUGCACUUAAUAAAAAUAAUUCAAAUAAUUUAAGUGCAUUACGUCAAAAAAUUCGUCGAUUUUUAAAACAAGAACCAUUGGAAAAAGAAAUCAAUGCUUAUCGUGAAAAACCCGAUGUUCAUGAUGAAGAAUUACCUGAACAUGAAGCUUCACCCGUUGCUCAAAGUGCUGAAAGUGAAGACGAUGAAGAAGAAGCUGCUGCUCCAGCAAAAGGAAAACCACAACAAGAUGAUGAUGAAAGUGAUUCCAGUGAUGUUACAUGGGACGAAAGUGAAGAUGAUUCUACUGAUAGUUCAAUUGACGUAGAUGCUCCAAAUGAAGAACUUUACAAAAAAUUUUUGAAAACAGACAAAACUGAAAAAGAAAAAAAGAAUAAAGAUGCAAGUGGUACAAAACGUGCACCAAAAGCACGUCGACCUGAUCGACCAGUUCAACUAUCAGAAGAUGAAGAUGAAGAUGGACCAAAAGAUGGUGCACCACGACAAGAUGUUCAAAAACUUGUUUCAUUUGGUAAAGACGAAGAAAUAACACAUGAUGCUAUUUUAAAAAAACUUAAUGAUAUCAUUGCUAUGCGUGGUAAACGUGGAACAAAUCGUCGUGAUCAAUUGGAAUGCUUAAAAAUUCUUCGAUUAUAUGUUGAAAAACAAAAUUUAGGUGUUGGUCUUGAUAUCAAAAUUUUAUUAAUCCAAAUUGCUGUUAGUUUUGAUUAUCAUCAUAAGGGUAAUGAAUGUUUAAAACCAGAUACAUGGACACGUGUACUUGAUUACAUUGAUGAAUUAUUGACAUUAUUAACUAAACACGAUGAAGUUCAACUCAGUGAAAAUAUUACUGAAGAAGCAGAAAAUCUUAAGAAAGAACCUGACUAUCGUAUUCAUGGAGAUAUAAUAACAAUCAUUCUUAAGAUGGAUGAAGAAUUUAUUAAAAUUCUCCAAAAUGCCGAUGCUCAUAGUCAAGAUUAUGUUGAACGUUUAAAAGAUGAAUUACGUGUCUGUUCAAUAAUUGAUCGUUUAAAAACAUAUUUAGAAUCAAAAGCAAAUAGAAAUGUUAUGAUAAGUAAUGACACUCAAACUGGUACAGUUCUACUUGUUCAAGCACAACAUUUAUGUACAGCAUACAUGUGUGUUAUUGAACAUGUUUAUUAUAAAUAUGAUAAAACACCUGGUCAACCAUCAGUUGCAGCAAUGGAUCGUCUUUGCAAAUAUAUCUAUGCGAAAGAUUCGUUAAAUCGUGCACGUGCACGUGCAAGUCUUUGUCAUGUUUAUCAUUUAGCAUUACACGAUCAUUAUUAUGAAGCACGUGAUUUAAUGUUAAUGUGUCAUAUGCAAGAUACAAUUAAUUCAUCGGAUGUUGCAACACAAAUUUUGUAUAAUCGAACUGUUGUUCAAUUAGGUUUAUGUGCUUUUCGUUUUGGUGCAAUACGUGAAGCACAUCAAGCAUUAGUUGAUAUGCAAUCCGGUAAUCGUGCAAAAGAAUUAUUAGCACAAGGUGUUCAAAUGAUACGUAAUCAAGAACGAACACGUGAUCAAGAAAUGAAAGAACGACAACGUUUAUUACCAUUUCAUAUGCAUAUUAAUUUAGAAUUAAUUGAAUGUGUUUAUCUUGUCUCAGCUAUGUUAAUUGAAAUUCCAUUUAUGGCUUCUCAUGAAUAUGAUGCACGAAAACGACCUAUUAGUAAACAUUUUCAUACCCAAAUGCGUCAAGCAGAAAAACAACCUGUUUUUGGACCACCAGAAUCUAUGCGUGAACACGUUGUAGCUGCAAGUCGUGCUAUGAAAACAGGUGAUUGGAGCGCAUGUGUUAAUUUCUUAAUUAAUGAAAAAAUGAAUGGAAAAGUAUGGAAUUUAAUGCCACAAGCUACAGAAGUACGAAAAAUGCUUACUGACAAAAUCAAAGAAGAAUCAUUACGUACAUAUUUAUUUACUUAUGCUACUGUUUAUGAUGCUAUUUCAAUGCCAACAUUAGCUGAUAUGUUUGAAUUACCAGUUAAACAAGUCUAUGGUAUUAUUAGUAAAAUGAUUAUUAAUGAAGAACUUAUGGCUUCACUGGAAGAACCAAAUCAAACUGUUAUAAUGCAUCAUACAGAUCCAUCAAGAACACAAGCACUUUCACUUCAACUUGUUGAAAAGAUCUUCCAAUUGUAUGAGCAAAAUGAAAAAAUAGUUAAUUUCCGAGGUGGUGAACCAAAUUUUUAUUCAAGACCCAAUCAACAAGCACAACAAGGUCAACAACGUAAUCAAGGCACUGGCGGCGGCGGCGGCGGCGGUGGUGGUGGCAAUAGUGGUGGCGGUGGACAAAAUUGGAGUCGACCUCCACGAUCAGGAACAAAUCGUGCUUAUUAA